AUGCCUAAAGUCCACCUGCUCGACUACGUCGCGGGCAACAUUCGCUCGUUGGUGAACGCCAUUGAAAAGUGCGGAUGGGAGGUCGAAUGGAUCCGGAGCCCCCAGGAUGUUGAGAAGGCAGAUUGGGUUCUUCUGACGACGUUGGCAGGCUAUCUCCCCGCCAUUCAAGCCCACAUAUCCAGCGGCAAGCCUUUCUUUGGCAUCUGUGUGGGUCUCCAAGCGCUGUUCACAGGCUCAGAAGAGGCACCCAAUGUCUCGGGCCUCAAUAUCAUUCCUACAUCACUCAAACGUUUCUCAGCCGAUAACGCAGACGGCUCAAAGAAGUCUGUGCCUUGUAUAGGUUGGAACGAUGCUUCGACGUUGCACCCUGACCUAGACUCAAACCACUCGACUUCAGAGAAAGAACGCAGUUUUUAUGGUCUCAACCAAGGAAGUAAGUACUACUAUGUGCAUAGCUACUUCGCACCCUAUGUGCCCGGUGAGCUGGAGGCUAGUGGAUGGGUCGUCGCCACGGCCACCUACGGCGACGAGACGUAUGUGGGGGCUAUCGGGAAGGGGAACGUUUUUGCGACGCAAUUCCACCCCGAGAAAUCUGGUGCGGCUGGUCUGAGAGUCAUUAAGGCCUUUCUUGAGGGCAAUACCUGGUCGGAUCCAGUCAUUCCAUCCAUUCCCGGAACCAAUUCGACCGCGAAAGGGGGCCCCUCACCCCAGGCAGGGAGGUCUGAUGGAGGAAAAAACGGUCUGACCAGGCGUAUCAUCGCCUGUCUAGACGUCCGCACCAACGACCAGGGCGACCUCGUCGUGACCAAGGGCGACCAGUACGACGUGCGGGAAAAGUCCGACGCGUCGACCACGGGGCCAGGACAAGUCCGCAACCUAGGCAAGCCGGUCGACAUGGCGCGUCGCUACUACGAGCAAGGGGCCGACGAAAUCACCUUUCUCAAUAUCACGAGUUUCCGGGACUGCCCGAUCACGGACCUGCCGAUGCUGGAGAUUCUGCGGCGGACGAGCGAGACCGUCUUCGUGCCGCUCACGAUCGGCGGCGGGAUCCGAGACAUGACGGACCCCGUAACGGGCAAGAACGUGUCGGCGCUCGACGUCGCGAAACUGUACUUUGCGUCCGGCGCCGACAAGGUGUCGAUCGGGUCCGACGCCGUGCUGGCAGCUGAGGAAUACCACUCCGGCGGCCGCCUCACGGGGAAAACAUCCAUCGAGACCAUCUCGGCGGCGUACGGCGCGCAAGCCGUCGUCGUGAGCGUCGACCCGAAACGCAUCUUCGUCUCCUCCCCGUCCGAGACGACCCACCACACCGUGCGCACGGCCUUCCCGGACGCCCACGGCCGCGAGUACGUCUGGUACGCGUGCACGAUCAAGGGCGGGCGCGAGACGCGCGACCUCGACGUCGUCCAGCUGUGCACGGCCGUCCAGGCCCUCGGGGCCGGCGAGAUCCUGCUCAACGCCAUCGACCGCGACGGCAGUAACCGCGGCUACGACCUCGAGCUGAUCGACAUGGUCAAGGCCGCCGUCGGCGUGCCUGUCAUCGCGUCCUCGGGCGCCGGCGUCCCCGCCCACUUCGAGGAGGUCUUUCGCAAGACCAACGUGGACGCAGCACUGGGUGCUGGCAUGUUCCAUCGUGGCGAAUACACCGUCGCCCAAGUCAAGGAACACCUCGGCCAGACGGGCCUUUUGGUUCGACCAUUUGAGACGUUUUGA